CAAUUCGGGGAUUUCUCCCCCUAGUUCGGGGAGGGGAUGGAUUCAUCUGACGGGGACGGGGAAUGGGAAAUCCGGCCCCGCCCCGUUGCCAUCCCUACUUGUCUUUACUCUUUGCCGUUAAAAUCGUAACACGUUUGGUGCAAUAAAUUGUAGUUUGACAUAUUCGCAAGCUUAUCACGCUCUCUAUGGCCGUGUGACCAAAGAUCAAGUUCUUAUGAGAACAAUGCUGCCUAGACGAAUUCGAAGCCUUGUGAAUUUGCAUGAUUUGAUUAUGCAAAAUUCUAAUGCAAACAUUGUUGGUGUAAAUAAGUUAAAGCAUCCAUGUGGUAUGUACUCUACUGGAUCAAUCCGCCCAGAGUUCCCAAGGAAGCUAAAGAAAAAUGAGCGGAAACCAUUGGUCACAAGUAUUAAUGAACUUAAGCGUUUAGCUAGAAGGGAAAAGAAACAGCGGCAGAUGGUGAAAGAGAAGAUUCUACGGCCUCCAGAAAAUGGAUUAUUGGUCAAGGAAUUGAUACCAAUUGCUCAUGAAGUUUAUGCAGCCAGAACUGAAUUAUUUGCUUCUGUUUCAAAGAUUGUUGAGAGUAUCUCCAUAUAUACAUGCAGCUUGUGUGGAGAAGUUCAUGUUGGUCAUCCACCGCAUAAGAUCAGAACGUGCAACGUUGCAGGUAGCCCAGCAAACAAAGAACACACUUGGAGUAUUGGGGAUAUGAAGCAUGUUUUGCCUCCUGUGGAAUCUUGUCAUCUAUACGACAGGGUAGGGAGAGCUGUUUCGCAUAAUGAGAGGCUUGAAGUGGAUCGGAUUCCAGCAGUUGUUGAAUUGUGCAUCCAAGCAGGCAUUGACAUCCCUGAGUACCCUACUAGGAGAAGGAUUUUUCCUGCUUACAAUAUUGCGGGUAAAGUUAUUGAUUUUGAGAAAAGGUUCCCAAAAGAAGUUGCAACUGGCAAAGGCAUAGACACAUGUGGAUUUUGGGGUAAGGGAAAGAAGUCAAGUGAAGAAAACAAGCUUAUGGACAUGCUGUCUGAUGAUACACAAGAUGUUGCUGUUAGAGGUAUGGAGGCAUGGGAGAGAAUGCGGUCAGGAGCAUCCAAACUCAUGCAGAAGUAUGCUGUCCAAACCUGUGGAUACUGUUCAGAGGUCCAAGUGGGGCCUAAGGGUCACAGAGUGAGGAAUUGCCAAGCUUAUAAGCACCAGAUGAGGGAUGGGCAACAUGCAUGGCAGGAGGCAACAGUUGAUGAUUUGGUUCCUCCAGUGUAUGUAUGGCAUGUUCAGGAUCUAACAAGUGGCAAACAAUUGGUUAAUGAUUUGAAGAGAUACUAUGGUAUGUUGCCUGCUGUAGUGGAACUGUUUGCUCAGGCUGGUGCAAAAGUAACUGAUGAUUAUGCUGGCAUAAUGAGGGAAGAUGUUGCAGUGCCUGAGUUGGAUGAAGAAAAGUGGGUUGUCUAAAGUUGAUUGGAUCAGAUUGGUUGAAGCAUCAAAAUCAGCAAUCAAAUCUAGUACUCUCGGCAUUCUCAGAAACCAUAUGGCACUAAUUCCGAGCUUCUUCGGCAACCAACGUAGCAAUAUUUGUUAUUCCUGUGAUAAAUCAUUGAUUCAAUUAUUUGACGGGAAUGAAUGUUCCAGUAUUCUGCUUGACAUUUAAAAGAGGCCUAGAAGAGACAGAAGUAGAAACAUGAACACCAAGCAAAAUCAGGAUAAGAAAAAAAAAAAAAUCCUGAACAUUGCGGUCCAAGAAAGCUGCAUUAUCUCUUGAUUCCGUCUGUAUUUGUUAGGCCACCCAUUAUUAAGAAUUAUCACAGGCAAGGCGGAGGGACGUUGGGUGUGAAUAAAGGGAAGGGGAGUUAGUUAAGUGGACUGUAUACAUGUCCUUAGUUGAUUGGGGCUUGAGUGAGAAUCAAUGGGAAUAUAAGGGAAGAGUCUUAAGACGUGAGUAUGGUUAGUUUGUUAAGGGAAUAAUACUAGGAGGUCUCUAGCUCCUCGAAGUGCUAGAAUUCUGUUUUGCAUUUAUCAGUUACUCUUUCUGUAUUUCAGUUUAUGUACUUCUCUGAUAAUUCAGUAUAUAUACUUCUUUGAUUAUCAAUAUAAUUCUGGAAUAUUUCAUGUC